AUGUGGUUGAACCCAGUCACCAUGGCCCAGACACCAGCUGUCCUUCUUGUCUUGCUUCUGCACAUCAAGGACCUGCCUGCCCAGGCUGCAGACACCUGUCCAGAGGUGAAGGUGGUGGGUCUGGAGGGCACCGACAAGCUCACCAUUCUCCGAGGCUGCCCGGGGUUGCCGGGGAACCCAGGACCCAGGGGAGACGCAGGCGCCAAUGGAGAGAGAGGAGAACGAGGGCUUCCUGGAGCCCCUGGGAAGGCAGGACCACCUGGGCCCAAAGGAGCCCGAGGAGAGACGGGAGCACGUGGAGAGAAAGGGGACACGGGGCAGGCUCAGUCUUGUGCUACAGGCCCGCGGACCUGUAAGGACUUUCUCAACUUGGGGAACUCCUUGAGUGGCUGGUAUACCAUCUACCUGCCUGACUGCCGGCCCCUGACCGUGCUCUGUGACAUGGACACAGACGGAGGCGGGUGGACUGUGUUCCAGAGAAGGGCAGACGGCUCCGUGGACUUCUACCGAGACUGGGCCAUGUACAAGCGGGGCUUCGGCAGUCAGCUGGGCGAGUUCUGGCUGGGGAACGACAAUAUCCAUGCCCUGACCUUCCAGGGGACCAGUGAGCUCCGUGUGGACCUGGUGGACUUUGAGGGCAACCACCAAUUUGCCAAGUACGCGUCCUUCAAGGUGGAGGGUGAGACGGAGAAGUACAAGCUGGUCCUGGGAGCCUUCGUGGAAGGCACUGCAGGUGAUUCUCUGACCAUCCACAACACCCAGCUCUUCUCCACCAAGGACCGGGACCACGACCGGCAGCAUUCUUCGAAUUGCGCUGAGCAGUUCCAGGGAGCCUGGUGGUACUCCGACUGUCACUCGUCCAACCUCAAUGGCCGCUACCUCGGGGGGGCCCACGAGAGCUACGCCAACGGCAUCAACUGGAAGUCGGGGAAGGGGUACAAGUACAGCUACAAGGUGUCGGAGAUGAAGGUGCGGCCCGCCUAG